GUCCUCUUUUCGCAUCUCCUGCAGCGUGGCCGCGUCCUGUACAGCACAUCAAGGAGCCCUGCGUGCCUGUACACCAUGGCUGGAUCGGGCCAGGCUGCAGCGCAGGUGGCCCCGUCAGCCAGCGAGGGCGCAUCUCGCGAACCCGCCAGCUGGCCAUCGCUCGCACGUCCAUUCCCUAUGUUUAUUUCGGUUUCGUGCGUGGCGUGUUCGCCAAAUGAUCAAGGAUGCUCCUCGAUGGCCGCCGAUGGCCCUCGCCGAAGGAAAAGUGCACACGUCCGAGCGAUGCCAAGAACCCGCCAGACGGUGCCAGGAUCUUCUCCCCCCUCGCGGCACCCGCCCAUCCUGGGCGCUGCUUCUCCAGCUCUGGCUCGGCCGUGCUCGCAAAAAAGAAGCAGGUGCCCGACUGCUCCCGCGCUCCCCGUGGCCUCUCCACGGGGAGCGGGGGGGAGGAGGAGGAGGAGGAGGAGGAGGAGGAGGAGGAGGAGGAGGAGAAGGCAGAACAAGAACGAAGGGUGAGCGAGGGAGAUCCGCGACUGCUCCGAGAUGCAAGCCUGAGCUGCAUCGAGCCGCAAACACAGGAUUGGAUCGGAAGCAGGCAGGAUCGCGCCCGAGGCGGCGCUGAAUUGGAUCGUCUGGAGGUCGCUCCAGCGAUAAGGCCCCUCUUGCGAGGAGACGAAGACCAUCAUGAGCAGCCCCCGAGAAGGCUCGGACCCUGAAAGGCCGGAGAAGGGCUCGGAUCGGGCCAGGCCGAGCAGCCUCGAGAGGCCAGGCGACAACUCCUCGGGGCAGCCCCGAGAGGCCGUGUGCCGGGUGAGCAGCCCCGAGAGGCCUCGCGAGCAGCGCGGGGGGGCCGCGUGAGCAGCGCCGAGGGGCCGCGAGAGCGGCCGCGAGGCGCGCCUGGGGCUCGCGUCGGGCCCGUGAGCAGCCCCCAAAGGCCAAGGCGAGCUCCUCGGAGGCCCCGCUCACGUCCUCCGCCGCCGCGCCGCCCGCCGCGCGCAGUGUGCCCGCAGGCGCGGCGCUGCGGCGGCGGCCGCGGCCACGGCGCGACGGGCAGCAGCCCGGGCCCGCCUGCGGGCGGCGCGCGCCGCGCCGGCGCGCUCUGGGGGAGGCGGCGGGUCGCCGCGGGGGGCGCAGCCCGGGGCGCUCCUCUCGGCGGCGCCCCAAGCGUAGGGGGGGGGGGGCUCUGAGAGGGCCCCGCCCUCCCCAGUGGACCCCUCCGCCUGCUCGGAAGGCGGCCCCCCUCGCGCCCCACCCUCUGGGGCGCUGGCGAGAUGCUCUGGGGCAGGGGCCGCUGCGGGACUCUCCUCGAGAUCCUGGGCAGAGCAGCGCACCCCAGGAGAGGUCCGGGGAAUUGCGGCACGGGUCUCAGGUUUGCCCCCCCAGGUCCUGUACGGGUCGUGGGCCACGAACAUGGGGACGACCCGGUCAGGGUCGAAGACGACGAUGGUUCCGAACACCCGCUUCAGGUGCACGUCGCUGUUCCGUCCCCCCUCCAAGCAGGCGCAGACGAGCAGCGAGCGGCUCUCGCCGGAAUAGGAAAAGGAUCGCCCAGGGUUCUCGAGAACUGCCGUGUAGAUGCCCCGGCCAUGUACUGAGCCGUGUGCUACUCGAAGUUCGUUGCCCCUCCCUGGGAUGAGCAGCCCCCUGCUGAAGAUCGACUGGAAGUUUCUGGAGUCUGUCCCGUGGUAGACAGGCAACAACUUGCAAUCCUUCAGCCUCGCCUUCGCGUCCAUGAAGCGGGCGACCGGGUCUGGGCCCACUGGGGCAUUUGUGAGCUUCACCAUCUGGGGGUGCACGCCCAAGUGCUGGCCGAUCCUUGUGCGGAGGGCCUGGCCAUGCUCGUCGAGAAACUGCAGGCGGAGGCAAUCGAAAGGCGUUCGCAGGGUCUGAGCCAGCCUGUCCUCCCGAAGGAAUCUGCGCUGCCGCAGCGGCGUGGCCGAGGACUUUCUCGCACUCGCCAGGGCAGCGAUGUGCUCGGUCAGCUCGACGGCCAGAAGCCAUCGCCAGCAGCGGGCGCGCCCGUGCGACCUGGUCACCUGGGCGUUGGUAAGCGACACGCGGCGCCAGGCCCGCAACGGCACGAGGGCACGGUUGCGGCUAGCCUCGGCGGCACCGAACUCGCGCGCAGUGACGGGCGCGCUGGCCGAGCGCUCGAGGCGGGGCUGCGGCGGCUCCACCAGUUCCCAGUCGCCAGUGGUCGCCGAAUCCGCGGAGUCGACGACGCUGCAGACCGAGGCGGCCGAUGCGUCGCCGCCCUCGCCGCCCCCGCACAAUGAGUAAGCGCAGCCAGCGUCCGUGCUUUCCUCCGACCAGGGCGGGUAUUCCUCCUCAGCGAGCUGCCAGUCGCCCACGCAACGGAGGAGCACGGCGCUGCUGAGCGCGCGCCGCUCGCGAAGCCGCCCGGGCCCGUCCCGCGCGGACCUGCUGUGCCUCCUGCAGCAACGGUUCAGCGACCUGGCAAAGGUGGCCCGCCCGCGCUGGCUCUCGCGGCCCAGGUCGCCCCGGAGCCGCCUGCAGUGGCCACGCCGCAUCGCCCAGCCGCGCCCGUCCUUGAUCGCAUUGUCGCCGUCGCGGUCACGAGCUCCAACGGCCAUGUAGCUUGGAUAGGCGCGAGACGGCUCGAGCAAGGGGUGGCGGUGCGGUACUGCAGGCUCGGGCCAGAUGGCUACGGACU